UGUCAAGAAGAUAAAAGGAAGUUAAUAAGGGGAGUCCCACUCCAUCUUUGAUUAAUUAGAUGUCUUCUUCGCCGUCGUCAAAGAGAAACUGGCCUAGCAUGUUCAGGUCCAAGCCCAACCCAUGGCACCCCCACUGUGACGCCGUCGCCGGAGACCGGGACGGCGGCCGGAGCUCUCCCGAUCAGCCUAGGGCGCGGUGGAACCCGAAGCCGGAGCAAAUACGCAUUCUCGAGUCAAUCUUUAACUCCGGGAUGGUCAACCCUUCCCGAGACGAGAUUCGGAGCAUCCGAGUCAAACUCCAGGAGUACGGUCAACUCGCCGACGCCAACGUCUUCUACUGGUUCCAGAACAGAAAGUCAAGAACCAAACACAAACUCCGGCAGCUCCACACCUCUCACGCCACCUCUCCGCCGCCGCCGCCGCAGCAGCAGCCGAACGGUCAACAACAACACCCAACUCCCCCUCCUCCUCCUCCUCCGCCGCUGCUUCCCCUCUCCGCAUCAUAUACGGCUGCCUCCGGCGGGUUCGCUUCUACUCCGGAUGAAUCUCCGGCAUCAGCGGCGGCGAGCAUUGAUUCGCUGGCUCGACUGAUGGGCUACCCGGAGGAUGCUGGGACGGCAAGAGCGACGGUGUUCAUAAACGGCGGGGUGGCGUUGGAAGUUGCGGCGGCGGCUCAUUUCAACGUGAAGGCGGCGUUCGGCGACGACGCGGUGCUGAUUCAUUGUCCCUCCGGCGAGCCGCUCCUCACCGACGAAUGGGUGAUUAAGAAACAAUUAAUGGCUUAUAGGGGAGAUGAAGAUUAUGACUAUUUGUUCAAGGUGGUGCUAAUAGGCGACUCCGGCGUCGGAAAAUCCAACUUGCUCUCUCGUUUCACCCGCAAUGAGUUCAGCCAAGAGUCGAAAUCCACCAUUGGCGUCGAGUUCGCCACACGUACCAUCCAAGUCGACGACGACAAGAUUGUCAAGGCUCAAAUUUGGGACACCGCCGGCCAAGAAAGGUAUCGGGCAAUCACGAGUGCAUAUUACCGAGGGGCCGCAGGAGCAUUGCUUGUGUACGACAUUACUCGCCACAUAACCUUUGAGAACGUGGAGCGAUGGUUGAGGGAGCUGCGGGACCACACCGACCAGAACAUAGUGAUCAUGUUGGUAGGGAACAAGGCGGACCUCGGGCACCUAAGAGCGGUCCCCACGGGGAGUUCGAGGGCGUUUGCGGAAAGGGAGAACAUAUUUUUCAUGGAAACUUCGGCCCUUGAGGCACUCAACGUCGAAAGCGCCUUCACCGAAGUGCUGGCUCAGAUCUAUCGGGUGGUCAGCCGCAAGGCCCUUGACAUUGGGGACGACCCAGCCGCUUUGCCCCGGGGAAGGGCAAUAAACAUUGGGGACAAGGACAAUUCCAAAGGUAAUGGAGGGUGUUGUUCUGCAUAAUAUGAUGAUGAGGAUGAUCAAAUCCAUGUAGUCUCUUAGGUGUCAUUC